AUGGAAUUAUUGACACCUCAUCCUACCCGUCCUAACCAUUUUUCUUGGCUCAAUCAUGUAAAAGACCCAGUUUACAUCUUACCUAACCCUAGCAUCUCCGCCUUUUCCACCAGCGACCCUGAAACUUGGUUCUUACCUGGCGAGUUAGACGAUGAUGAUGAAAUGCAGGUCGACCAUUCCAAUGCUGGUAGUCCAUUUGAAACCGAAGACCAUUAUGACCUCCCGAUCCAACAAUUGCCACCACCCCUUUAUGGUCAGCCUUCGGGAGCACAUUUUGAGCCACAACAUGAGUACCACUCUCAACCGCAGCACAAUGAUCCCGAUCCCGAACAUGAGUUUCCUCUUGAUAUCUACAGUCAGCUUGCUUCCUUGCGCCUCCAGGGCAAUCGGAAUACAGCCGCCAUUCGCCGCAUCGAGGAGCAGCAAGCCCGACCAACAACUAUAUGGAGGAUCUUUGGUAUCAUUUUCGGCCCGACGACGGUUACCCCCCUCGUGGGCCUCCUCCACCUUGAUCCUGGUAUGAUCCUUCCUUACUCUCAUCCUAAGCAUUGA